AUCCCUCUCCAAAGAUCACACGUCAACUUGAAGACUUAAACCCGGUUGAUCGAAAGGCCUGUGAGGAGUUGAUGGGUCUAGAAGUCAUUUUCGACAUUCGAAAGAUCUUAGAGCUUGAGUACCGGGAAGUAGAUUUAAGAGUUUUCAUUGAAAGGCAGAUGGCUCUCUCUCAAAAGGACCUUCUGCGUCGUAUCAAAAAAAAACAAAUAUUAAGAUCGGGGCGAGCUCCCCAGUCCAGGGUUCAUCCUCUCGCAAGGAGUCGGAUAGCGGACCCGGAAUCACUAUACGAGAGCCAACUUCAAAAAAGAGGAAGUUGGUAGUCGGGGGAAAUCAACCUCCUAUAUCGGAGACGUCGGACUCUAUUGACUCUCUGCCUGAUAUAAUGGAGAUCCGCAAAGCGACAGUGACGAGUUCAAGGAAAAGCUUCUAGGAUGAGGAUUUCGAGCACAUAGCUCACGGACGUGCUCACAACUUUUCAGCUGCUGAUGAUGUUAUCCUCUCAAAACAAGUUUCCAACUCGACCCGAGAAGGACUGCUUCGUAAUUUGCAUCAGGCUGAGGCGUCUUCGCUGUUCUUGGUCAAUCGUUUAGAGGCAUUGGAGUUAAAAGAAGCUAGCUUGAUACGUGAAGUUGAGGCUUCUAAGAAAGAGAUGGCGAAACUCCGAUUAGACGCCGCCGAGCUCGUCAAGAUCCGUCAAGUCUUGAAAGACAAAGAAAUUGAACUCGGUGACAAAGAAACUGAGUUGACAAAUCUGAGGGUUAAGGUCGAUGAGCUGACUCCGAAGAUGGAAGCUUAUGAAACUCAGGUUCAAGGAUUGGUGGAAAAAUGCAAGAAACUGGAAAAUGAAAAGGAAGAAAUGGCCGACCAGUUAUGCACCACUUUGAAUCAAGGGUUUCAACUGGCUUUGAACCAAGUCAAAAUACUCUGCCCCGAGGCUGAUAUUUCAGGUGCUGAUAUUACCAAGGAGGUGGUGGAUGGCCAACUCGUUGAGAUAACUGAUGAUUAAUAUGUCUGUAACAGUUUAAGAUUUCCUAGUUUUAGAACGAUUUUGAAUUUUUGUGAACAUUGGCGUAAAUUUGUCUUGUUUUGUUUUUUAGUUUGGGAUUUAGGGAACGCCCGAAGAAAUGUUUAACUUUAAGGCAUGCUGACUCAUGAAUCCUUAUAAAUGGGGUUUUGAAUUGCUAAAUAGAGUGAUACGUGAA